GUUUUCUCUCAGAAACCGGGACUGGCUGCACAGAUCAGACCAACACCGCAUGCAGUGAAACUUCUCCUCAAACUUUGAUACAAAGAAAAAUACUUGAAGACCUCAGUGAACUGAAGCAGGAGCUGGACGAGGAGGGCAGUCGCUGCCUCCUGCUGUCACGGCAGAGUUGCUUCAACCAGCGCUGCUGCGUCCGCUGCUGCUCGGCCUUCACCUUCCUGCUCAACCCCAAGCGCCAGUGCCGCGACUGCCACUACAACGUCUGCAAGGCCUGCCGGGUCUACAACAAGCGGGACAAAGCCUGGCUCUGCUCCGCCUGUCAGAAGAGCAGGUUGCUGAAGACACAGUCACUGGAGUGGUUCUACACUAAUGUGAAGAGGCGCUUCAAGAGGUUUGGCAGCGCCAAAGUGCUGAAGACUCUUUACAGGAAGCACCUGGCGGAGCACAGUGCACUUUCAGGGCUUACUGAGACGUCCUCCUCUAAAGAGUCAAUUAAUAACAAAACAAGUGAUUAUCAUUUUUCUUUGUGUCCAGAGCACAGCAUGUCAGAGACCCUCACUGUGGCCUUACGGGUGGCAGAGGAGGCCAUAGACGAGGCCAUUUCCAAGGCUGAGUUCGACACUGCCAGUCAGGAGAAGCAGAAUGAGGCACACUAUCUGCGGGAGCACAGAGGAGAGCUCAUUGAGGAACUGUCCAAAACUAUUGUGCAAAAAAUUAUCAAUAGGAGGAAGACUUUGGCUGAGAUGAGGGCAGAAUAUCACCAGGAUUGGCCACUUGAACAUAACACUGACCUUCAUCAUCAUCAGUCUGCCUGUGAUCAAGCCUCCAGCUCCCUCAAACACCAACCAAGCCUCUGGAGGUCACACUCUGCCUUCUCUCUGAUGGACAAUGACCCUCCAGGUCUGAUACAAGACUCUCCACAGGUGUUAAAGAAGGAAGGCGGUGGGUCAGCUAUGUCAGCUUGGAAGAGUGUAGACCGGCUGGACAACGCUGUGCUAAAGAGCCCAGACGGGAACUGGAUUGCCCUGCAGAGCGCCCAGCUGUCACGUCCCAGCCUGCUGACCAAAAGGAAGAGCCUGGUCUACAGUGCCUUGGAGAGGGAGUCUGGAGUGGUGUCCGCCUACGAAGGCAUGGGCUCUGACAACGAAACCAAACCCGACCCUGACAGCUCCUGGGGUGCCGCCCUCCACGAGAUCCACAGGAGGAUGAAGGACUCUAACUUCAACCCGCAGGACGCCGGUGACAGGACCCCGUCCCCGCUGGCCAGCAGAGACAGCAAUGACGAUCUGUUUUCAGACUCUGAGGGGAACUGGAAGCCUAAUAAACCUCUGCUAGCUCUUUUUAAGAGGAAGGUGCCCGCGGAGAUCAGGCAACCUUCAUCAUCCAACAGGACCAGCAUCCUCGAUGUGAACUUUAACGUGGAAGAAGCAGGAGAAGAAGAUGAGAGUGAGGUGGCUGCCGAGCCAGAGGGAGGAAAAGUCAGGAGAUCACGGAAGAAAAGGACAAGUAAAAAAGAGUCUUCUUCUGUGCUGGAUUGCAGCAAAAAAGAAAACCAUUCUCAACAUCUUUCUGAUGCUGUGACCCCUGACACGUUGACCUCUGGAGCCACGACCCCUGAACUUUUUGAACUUAAGAGUGACGUCAUAAGACAUGCAGCCAAUCAGAUGGACCAGGAGCUCACGUUAAAACUACAGCAUCUAGCAGGCCGAGUUUCUGACUCCUCCAAUGGAGAAGACGAAGUCAAUGGAGUGAGAGAGAGAGAUGCAGGUAGUGAUGGACAGAGGGAGGAAAAGAGACAAGGAAGUGAGGACAGAGAUGAGGAAGAUGAGAGCCUGUGGAGGAUGGAGAUCGACAUAGAUGAAGGGAGUACAGAGGAGGAGAAGACAGAAGAUGAAGAAGAGAUGAAAUACAGAUUAUACAGGCUGGUUGCACAUUCCAGACUCACGUACUUCUCGUCUACUGAUGAUGAGUUAGACAGAGUCGGCCAGAUUGAAGGAGAAUGGGAGGGAGACGAGAAUGAAGAUGUGGGGCAGGAAAAUAAAGAGCAGAAGAAGGAAAAGACAGAUGGACUUACUUAUAAACUCUGUCAGUUGGAAAAAGAAGUCAGGGCUAACCAGUUCUCCUCCACAGAGGAUGAGUUGGACAGAGUUGGCGUCAUGGAUGAAGAGAAGAAGACAGGAGAGGAGGAAGGGGAGGAUGAGGAGCUGGCAGUUAAAGUGUGCAGAUUAGCUAACCAAGUCAACGCCACCCAAUUUUCAUCCACGGAUGAUGAGCUAGACAGAGCAGGCAGAGGGGAAGAGGGGGAGGAAGCGAUAGACGAAGAGAUGCUGUGGAAACUGCAGGCAGAAAAAGCCAUCCAGGCCGCUCAACUGCGCGAUUUGGCCAGUCUAGUCGGUGCUUCUCAGUUUUCUUCCACUGAGGAUCAGCUGGAUAGAGUUGGAGAGACAGAGCAGGAAGUAAAUGAAGGAGAGAGCAGUAGGUGGGAGGAAGCAGUGGGAAAGAAUCAGCAAAAGAGAGAAUCAUUUGGAGAAAUGUUUGGUUCAAGGGAUGAAAUGAAGGAAAGAAUGAAAGAGAGCAGAGAUGAAAAAGUAACAACUGGGAAUGUUUUGGAUGGCCAGACAAAAGUUGAAAAUGUCCAACAAGGUAAAACAGAGGUAGAAGAAAAGAUAGAUUGCAUGGAGGAGAGAGUUACAGAGGAGAUUGAGGAUGAAAGGAUGCUAAAGGGGCAUAUAUGUGAAGAAAACAUUUUGAAAGAGGACAAGGCUGAACAAGCAAAAGAGACAGAGGAAAGACAAGUGAUGAAAGCAGAGAGAACGGAUGAGAUAAUAGCCUUACAUGAGACAAAGGUCCAACACGAGAAUCAGCCAGAGGCGAAGUGGCCAGACAAAAAGGAGGGAGAAGAGAGACAGGAAGAGGAAAGCGAAGAGAGUCAGGGGGAGACGGCAGCAGACAGCGAUGAAGAGGAUGCAGAAUUUGACAGAAUAAUCACCAGCAUGUUGAUGAUGACUCUGGAGGACAUGCAGGUAGAGACAUUAAAGGAUGAAGCUGCAAAAAAUGGGAGAAUAAAUAGAGAGCCAGAGGAAGUAGAGACAGAUAAGAAUGUAAAAACAGGGGGAGAAAGUGGAUUCGAGGACAACAAGGUUGAUGCACAAAGAACAAAUGCAUCAGAGGAGAUAGGAAGUGCAAAAGAGUUUCAAAGUCAAGGCGACAAAGUGAUGCCAGCUGUGAAAGAAAGACCGGGAGAAAAUGUCACUGAGCAAAUUGGAGGAGAUAUUUCCAGAAAAAAGGAAACUGGAGAUGCUACAGGCAGAAAUGAAAAUGAGCAGCAGGAAAAAGAUAAAGAUCCAAAAGAAAAAAGAAAUCUAGCAAAGGAAAAACCUUUAGUUACGACAAUCAAAGAGACACUUGAGGCCAAACAGACGUGUGAAAGAGUAGAAGUGGAUGAUGACGAACAAGAGGACAGAAGAGGAAAAGUCAUGACUGAGUGGCAGAUCAUGGAGACACAGGGAGAUGCUGCAGAGGGAGGCCGUGAAAGUAAAGAAAUGGAUGAAAGACUUGAGGAAACCAAAGAAGAAAAUGCAGACGACACGGAGAAGAGCAGCGCGUCUUCACUUCAGGAGGGUUUACUGUCACCAGAGGAGAUUCAAAUCAGGUACUCGGCGGUGUCUCUGUGCAGUAUCACCACUGAGGUCCUGAAGGUGCUGAACGCCACUGAAGAGCUGCUGCAGGGAGUGGAGGAAGGAGACGACCCCCAACUCUCCACCACCUCACUGCCCCCCAACACUGACCCCAAGAAACUGGAUCAACAGUUCUCCAGACUGGAGGAGAGCGUGUAUGUGGCAGCUGGCACGGUGUACAGUCUGGAGGCGGAGCUGAGUGACCUGGAGGUAUGUGCCAGGGGCAUCUGCAGCGCCACGUCUGACAUGGAGCUGUCCUUCCUGGAGGAGCAGGUAGCAUCAGCAGCUGCCAAAGUUCAACAGUCUGACCUACAGACUUGUGACAUCUCAGCCAGAAUUGCUGCUUUGAAGAGUGCAGGCCUCAAUGUGGACACACAGUCACGCUUCACUAAGACCAGGACCAUUCCAGUUAUGCCCAUCACCCUGGACUCUUCCAGACAGCUGAGGAGGCGAUUACCUGCACCACCAGUGAAAGAAGACAAAGAAACCUAAAUCAUCGAUCCAGGACCUUUGCAGUACCUCCAACACAGCAGUGCCUUGACCCAGUCACUCUGCAGCCUACAGGCCAGUCUUAAGUGAUCCAGAUACCAUUUGCCUUAAUUUCAUUUUAAACUAAACAUGCUCAAAUAAUACAGGACACUAGUACUGUGUAUUUGGUAUAGUUAGGCUGUAUGACACUGUUGAUUCUCGUGUCAUCUUAUCAAAAUGUUGAGUAGAUAAAACUACUUUGUUUUCAGAUUGGUGACCAAACAAUUGAAAAUGUAUCAGCGUUGAUCAGUCUGGUAAAGAGAAGUAGCAGGUUAACUAUGAAGGUAUUAUUGGAGCAAAACAACUGAGCACCUGUGAGAGUGGAAUCUGUAGUUGAAAAUUGUCACACAUGUGUAUCAGUAAAUUUGAAGUCACAGAGAAAAAUGCUUUAGGAGUUGCAAACUCUCACACAAAACAGUUACACCUUCUCAAAUUCUUCAUUGCAGGUGCACAAAUCCUAUGCUACGAAUCACACUCACAUUUUUGCUGCAGUGAAUAUGGUGGAAAACACAUUCACACACCCGUAUCAAAAAAUGUGAAGUCAUGGACAAAAUUUGCACAUCCACAAAUCAGUAUGUGAAUUCAUGCAAUGAGAGUCGCACACCUGUAGAAUUUUUUUAUUUUUCUAGUACAAACACAAUAACUACAACUGCUUGAAUCUGCUACUAUGAGUCUCAUGCUGUUUUUUUAACUCACAAAUGACAAGUUCUGUACCACAUAUCGCAGUGAAAUGUGGAGCAAAACUGAUUUGUGUACCGGUAGAGCCAGGGGUGGGCACUGUUCAGAGAUCAGAACCCUUUUGGCCAAUCAGAGGAGCUCUAUUGCUUUUCCAACCAGUUUCCGUAUAGCUUGGAAAAUAGCGACAUGUGGCACUGAAUUUGAUGAAUUUAUUGUUUAUCAGAGUGUUGAGUAUCAGAGUAAUGAGAAACAUUAAUUCUGAAGGACUAUGAGUUAACAGUUUGAGUUAAGUUUAGAGGCUGUAUUAUGUGUAGCUCUGGUUGUGUCUGUUUUUGUUGCGGUUGAUUCACUGCAGCAAAAAUGUGAGUGUACGAGUUUCUUAAUUUGAGAAGGUUUAACUAUUAUUUGUAGGAGAGAAAAGAGUUUGCAACUCCUAGCAUUUUUCUCUGACUUCAAAUUUACUGAUACACAUGUGUGACUAUUCUACAACUACAGAUUCCAAAGUAACAGGUGCUCAGUUGUUUUGCUCCAAUACUACCUUCAUAGUAAACCUUCAGCUCACUAAAAGUAAGAACAAAAACAAAUCACUAACAUUUAAGUUUUAAGACUUUUAGAUUUCCAAAAAGUGAGAUUGUUACAUUAUACAGUAUGUGUACAAACAAAUAUUAAUGUUUUAAUUAUAAUACUAUUUAUAGACUUCAUUUUAACAUAAUUAGUCAUCCAUUUAACUUGCUCAUGAAUAAAGAUAUACAAAUAAUGUGACUGAAAAGACACUAAGAUUAUCAGCUACUGAAAAAGACCUGCAGUGUUUUACUGUUUUAUCAUAAAUAUACAGAUUACACAAACGUGGGAACAAUUAUAGCAUGUAGAAAAAUGUUGCGAGACUGUAUCAUAUCUAAAAUAAAUAGUGUGGAUGUUUGUAAUGUUGUAGUGUACAUAUGUUUUCUGCCUUUAUUAUGAAGUUCAGAAAAUAAAAUAAAAAUUCAAAAAGUUGCA